UCAAAAUUGUCAACAAACGCCGUAAAAGUUGGAAAAAAAAAUUUCUCGCGUAUUUUUUCAGGUUUAUUGUUCAAUUUACGUGUUUUGCGCGGAUUUUUUCAUUGAAUAAACGAUGAAACUCUUGGCAAGUAGCUGCUAAACAUCAUGGAAGCGGAGCCAAAGCAAAAAGUCGAUUUGCUGCCGCGGUGUCGCCUCUGUCUGCAGUGGACCGAAGCGAAUGACGGCCUGGAGCGGUAUGGGGAUAUUUUCGUGGAAAAUGGAGAUCUUUCGCUGAAGAUACGUGACUGCGUGGGUGUGUUUAUCGGUCCGGACGACAGCAUCCGUACGGUUUGCGCCAAUUGCCAGCAAACGGUGCGCUUCAUAGACGACUUCCGGCUGCUGUGCCGCCAGACGGAGGAAAUCUACGAAUCGGUUCGGGUGCGUUGUGAGGAUGAGAACAAAUGGGAUCGCUAUAAGGCGUGCGUCGACGAGCUGCGGGCGCUGGUGCAGCAGCAUAAGGAUGUCGUCAAAGGCCAUCUGGUGGAUUGUGAAGUUGCUCCGGAAGCAGCGGAGCAAAAUUCCAUUUCCAAUCCUUUCGUUCCCAUGAUGGAAGUAAAAGAUGAAAUGGAUUUCGAAGAGGAGUAUGACCCCGAGCAGAUGGUUGAGCAGGUUGUGGAGAUUAAACCGGAAUUGGAUUCCGAUGACGAGGGGAGGGAAUAUGACGACGACGACGAUGACGACACAACUAUAGACCUAGAUAUCACUAAACUGAAAUCACACCGAAGAAUUCCCAUUGGUCUUAAGCUAGCCAUUGCACAGGAGGUCGAGAAACAUCCAUUUAUUUGGGAUACGACGCUUGCCAAGUCUGUCAGGUGUAAAGGAAAAGCGUGGAAGGAAAUUGGCCGAAAGUUCAACAUAGAUGGCACAGCUUUGAGAAAAAACCAAUGGCGCGCGCUCAUAUCGUUCUAUCGAACUAAGAAAAUACACCGAGCUGAUCAACUCGAACCGGACGAAAAGUUGCGCGAGUUUAUGCAGAUUAUGCAAAAAAUCACGAAAGGACCGUCGGAGGCGGACGAUGAUGAUGAAGACGACAAGGCAACACCAGAACAAGAUAAGAAAGAAUCACUGAUCGAAGAAACCGUUCCAUCCGGCGGAUCGAAGAAAUCGACAAUUUUCUCGCUGACUACUCCCAGCAAGCGAAUGCAACUGGCGAAACUGGUGUACGAACACGAAUUCAUGUGGAAUCGGCAGCAUGCAGACUUUAAUGCUGCCUACACAAAAGAGGAAGUGUGGAGCCAGAUAGCGAAGCAGUUGAAGGUAACACGAGAUGAAGUUAAAUAUGCGUGGAAAUGUUUGCGGGAUUUGUAUCGCGGCCGGAUGAAACGGGUGAUAAAAGGCGAGCUGGAUCGUGAUGCCCGGCUUUUGCAAGAUCCCCUCUUCAAGUUGUUGGACCGCAUGUUUGCGACCAAUAUGCGAAUCGGCGCCGUCGGGUCCCUUGCGCUUGCGCAACACAAACCGGAAUCGAAUGACGAUACCACGGAGGCGGCAGAAGGGGAAGAAAGUUCGGCACAUUACGAUCAGCAAGACCACUCGGAAGGUGCGAUCGAGGAGGCGAUCGAAAGUACUAUCGAAAUCAAGGAAGAGGAUGUGGCGGCAAAGAGCGCCGAACCGUCAAGUUACGAACUGCAACUGAUGUUUGCUCGGGAAAUGCUUGAGCGCAUAAAUGACCCGAGCAACCCGAAACACGAUCCUGCAGGUUUGUGGAAGAGAACUGCGGAAAGACUGCAGUUAGACCAAUCGGUUGCCAAAACCCGUUGGAACGUUAUGAGGGCGAACUAUAAGGACAAUCGAAGACGUAUUGUCACAGCGGGGAUUAUGAAGCGUCUUCGGAUGCAGGAGUGUGAACUGUUCAAUCUUAUGAAUCAGAUCAUUCCAAAGCUGGAAGGUUCCGAACCGUACGUUGCCCCGCAAGCCAAUGAAAAAAUAAUAGAAAGACAAAAACUUCCGAUUCGAUACAAAAUUGCCAUCGCCGAGGAACUCAAGAAGAAUCCAGAAAUUUGGGACACAAGCCUGGCAAGUUCGUUACAAACGAUAGAAAAAGCCUGGAGCGCAAUUGCCAGCAAGUUUGAAACGGAUGUGAUUACCAUUCGGCACCAUUGGAAAUCGCUACAGAAUGUCUAUCGGUUCCACAAUAGACGGGAAAAGGAAGGCGGCGUUCCCUUACGUAACAACUCGAACCAAAAGUACCGGAGGCUGAUCGCACUGUUGCGGUACAUGCGGGAACCAGCAGAGAAUCGAGGCGAUGCUGGCGAAACGGCAGAAGCGGAAGAAACAGGAGCCGAGGAAGAGCAAGAGUCGGACGAUGGCGAAGAAGAUGAAGUCGACGAGAUGGACGUUGAGUGUCAGCUCAGGGAUAAGGCACCGAAAUUGGCUGAGCUGGCGUUGGCUUCCGAUGUGAAGAAAAUGGAACUGGCACAGUUUGUACAUCAGCACGAGUUUCUGUGGAAUCAUAAGCAUCCUGACUUCGGUAACCUGGUCCUAAAAGACCACACGUGGGAUGUUGCUGCCACGACGAUGAAAGUCACCCGGGACGACAUCAAGUACGGCUGGAAGUGCUUGCGCGAUCUGUACCGCGGUCGAAUGAAGCGCGUUAUCAGCGGAAAGUUGUCCAGCAAUGCAUCGCUGCUACAGGAUCCACUCUUCCAACUGUUGGACGUGAUGUGCGCGGAUAAUAUGAAAAUUGGCGCCCACUCGGCCAUCCCCAAGGGUCCGGCAACGGCAACGGCUACGGGCGCGAACGAAUCCGCAUCCAACGACGCUGGCGACGACAGGGAGGAUGAAUUUUCCGUCAAGUUCGAUGACCCCGUCAAGUUGAAGCUGAUUGCGCUGGUCGAGCAGCAUGAACUGCUCUGGAACAGCGAUCAUUCGGAGUACCUAAACUUGGAAAAGCGUGACCUCGUCUGGGAUGGCAUCGCGGAACAGAUGAACGUCGCGAAGUCCACCGUGAAAGCACUGUGGACUCGCUUGAGGAACAUCUUCCGUGGCCGAAAGUUACGCCUUCUGAAAGGUCUUAUGCAACCAAACAGCCCACUUCUGAGCGAACCGAUCUACGUGAAGCUGCAUUCAUUGCUGGAUGCGCACAUGCAGCUGGGAAAAUUCACCAAUGUUAGGCACCAGCUAGCCCAGCACACUAAGCCAAAAGCAACGCGCCCCGUUCAGAUGGCCAAGGUCGAAUCGGGUCCGUUCGGUACCAUCGAUGAGAAGGUCCGGCUGGUGCAGGAGGUCAUGAAGCAUGAACUGCUCUGGAACAGCAACCAUGAAGACUACUUCCGGUCAGACCUGCGGGGUGGCGCCUGGCGUCAGAUUGCUGCCCAGCUCCAAAACUGCGAAGAGCACGAAUGCAAGAACAUGUGGCGCCGAUUGCGCAACAUGCACAGGCCCCGAAAAUCUCGUAGUGUGCACCAGAUUCCUUGGAAGGACCAGAGCAAAGACGAUGAUGAUACCGAACCCAUUGAGGCCGUCAAUAAUCCAUUGUACGAACUGUUUGCCAAAAUGGCGAGAAGUUUGACUGGUAAUGAGGAUUGUUCGCAGGAUGCGCCCAAGAUCGGAAAACGGCGACUGCAGGAAGUUACGGAGACGUUUAUGACUCACAAGCGACGCUUUACGGAGAAAAAAUACUUCGACGAUGAGGGUUGUAUCAAGGUGAAGAAAGGCGGUUCGGUGCGGUACGAAAAGGUCUGCGAGUUGUGCGGAAAACAAGUGGAACGAUCUAUGUUCGAGUAUCACAUGAAUCAGCACAAUGGUUUGAAGCCGUACGAGUGUUCAUACCCCGGAUGUGGUCGGCAGUACAGUAACAAGGUUACCCGGGAUCGACACGAGUUAUUGAUCCAUUGCGAAGAUAACUACAAGUACACAUGCGAUCAGUGCGAGGAGAAGUUCAAGCACCGGAGCGCCUUCAACUAUCACUACGCGGUCAAGCAUCAGAGUCAAAUGGUUCCAUGUCCCAUUUGUGGCAAACUGCUGAAGCACAAGUCUCUCAUCCGGGAACACGUACGGCGCCACACCGGCCAAUUCCCGUGCCCCGUCUGUGACAAAAUUCUGCAGAAAAAAUAUUCACUGGAUGUGCACAUGCGGACGCACACCAAGGAGAAACCGUACUUCUGCGAGCUCUGCAGUCAACGUUUCAUGUUGAAGGUGCAGCUGAAAACACAUCUGUCGAAGGUACACGCGCAAACGUGGGAACAAUAUGCGGCAAGCUACGGCGACAGCGGUGGACUGCAGCAGUAACCUAGUCAAAGGGAUUUCUCACAUUUUCCAGCUAAUCCAAAACUGAGAGUGAAUUCUGAUUAGUGUUUAAUUAAUAGUAAUAUUGAAGAUAGAAACUACGUAAUAAUUUACAACUCAACAAGAACGUUAUAAUCUAAUAAAAAGAGUUUGUAAUAAUCCUAA